AUGGAGCAAAUCAUCAAUCUUUUGGAAAAUAUAGGACUGCAUGUUGAAGCUCCAACCACAAUUCAGUUUACUAGAGCUUUCAGAAAGCUGGUUUAUGACCACUACCUGUCACCAUCCAAUACAAACUGUGCUGCUGAUUUAGAUGCCAUGCUGGAUGCAAAAACACCAGAAAGACAACAGAGCCUGCUGCCAAUAAUGAAAUUGCUACAACAGUUCUGUUUCAGAUUGAAGAAGUGGACUAUCAACUACCAUUGGUUGAACAAAACCUUAUGA